AUGGAGCGAAAUAUUCCUCUUCACAUCGAAAGAUUAAUAUAUGAGCUAAACCAUAGCUCGAAAACUGAGCAAGUUCUUUUGAACGGUUCUAGCCUGAUCUCACAGGAUGUCACACUUAUGCAGGUUUAUUUGCAAUUGGGCUACAGUCUGCAAACAAAUCAGUUUGUCAGUUCGCCUACAUCUCAACAGGCAUUAUGCCUGAUCUCACAGGAGUAUGGGGUUCCUCUCCAUCAGCCUAAUAUUGACAGCUUUUUGGCGAAUACGCCAGCAAAACAGGCAGACCCUGACACGGAAUUAAGACAUGAAAUGAUGAAGACUUUUUAUGAGCAGGGAAUUGAUGAAAUUGCCGCGGGAGCUGAAAUAGGCUUAGAAGUGGCCUCGGAGCCGCCUCAUGCAAGCAUGUGGGACUGUUUUAGUGUUUUGCCUAAGGCAGUGCAAUUUUCUACACCAAAACCUAGGAGAGCCCACCAAAGUCCGAGCACACAGGCCACCUGGCUUUUUACACCACUAUCUUAUAACUCGACCCCUUUUUCCGAAUGUGACUCAGACAUGGGCACCCCGAGGUCCACAAAAGGUCUAAAAUACCUUACAACCCUCGUAAAACAAUUAGUUUGCAAACAGCAGCCUACUUCUUUCAAAGAAGUUGCCCUUAAACUUAUUGAUGAAUUAAUCACGUCUGAAGGGGCUGAUAGAAUUAAAGAAGAAAAAAAUGUCAGAAGACGCGUCUAUGACGCAAUCAAUGUAUUAAUAGCUGCAGGAGUUCUAGAAAGAAAUGGCAGUACAGUAAACUGAAAAGAAGAAUGGAGUGCGCUGGAGAUUGAUGAAAAAAGAAAUGAAUUGGAAAAAAGGAGAAAAGAAGUUGAAGCAAAAAGAAAUGAGUUUAAAGAAAUACUCAACAAGUAUCUGGCGAUACAGAAUCUUAUUUAUAGAAAUACAAAUAACCCAAAAACACCGCCUGCAAUACAGUUCCCGUUUAUUGUGGUGUCGACGGCUGAUUCACAUAAAAAUUCAAUGUCAAUUAGAGUUAAUAAGACUGCAACGUCUCUGACUUUGAAGUUUCAAGAGCAUGCGACACUUUUUGGGGACAUGGAUGUGCUACUUUCUUUGAAAAUGCACAAUAUCAAGCUGUCAUUGCUGAAUCGAUUUUUGCCGAGUAGGGAACUUCUUAAUUAUUGCUCGCCGUGCUUAUUCUAA